AUACAAUUAUUCUAUGCAGUUAACUAAGAACCCAUGGACAUUUUCCAAAGCAACACCUGUGUCCUCGGACAUUUGUUAAAGGUGACAGUUUUAUGGAAGGCUGUAAAAAGAACUAUGGAAUUCGGCUGCGGUAAUUUCCCGCACUUUGUGGUUCUGCCCUUAACUAAUAUGGCCGUAAGAAAUACGCGCGCAGCUGUUUCAGCCAAUCACAGCGCCACCCUCUACUACCGCUUCCCAUAGUGCACCGCAAGGACACAAGAUGGCGGCUGCAUUCGCUGUUCCCGGUUGCCUUGGAAACAUGAGACUCCUGGUCGGGCCCAGGUGCAGGGCGCAUUACUGGGGUUCAUUCCCGGCGGGGGCGCUGCAGUGGGGGUGCCGUCGUUCUUCAGCAGUACGCCUCAGCUCGUUACCCCCAGAGAACCUGCUUUCCGUUUCCUGUCAGUCAUUGCUCAGCCGGCUGUGCCCCGGGCUUACAGUGGUGCCGGACUUUGUGUCCCCGGCGGAAGAGUCUGUACUGUUCGGGGAGCUGGAGCCUGUGCUGAAGAGAAAGCGCUAUGAGGGAGGCCACUGGGAUGAGGCUAUCCAUGGCUUCCGUGAGACAGAACGCUUACAGUGGUCCCCAGAGAACUCGGCCGUCUUACAGAGGGUGAGAGAGAAAGCUUUUCCCCCCGGAGAGGAGCAGCUGUCGCUUGUUCAUGUCUUGGAUCUCAAGAAAGAAGGGUAUAUCAAAGCACAUGUUGAUAGUGUAAAGUUUUGUGGCAGCACCAUUGCUGGGAUUUGCCUGCUGUCCAGCAGCAUCAUGCGCUUGGUAUCCGUGGAUAAUUCUGAAGAAAGAGCCGACCUACUGCUACCCAGGCGGUGCCUUUAUGUGUUGAGCGGAAAGGUUCGCUAUAACUUUACUCAUGAAAUCCUACGGGACGAGGAGUCCUUCUUCAAUGGGGCACACGUUCAGCGAGAGCGCCGCAUCUCUGUCAUCUGCCGGAAUCUGCCCGCGAGCUGAGGCAAAGGUUCUGCUCAACUGCCAGACUUACCCACACCCAGGGGCUGGAUUGUCACGGUGACGUCAAGCCGAAUCAAUGGGCUAAAUCUAUUGAUGACAAAAAAGAAAAUGGAAAUGGUGGUGAUAUUCCUGUCUUCCUGUUCGUACACUUAAGGCUCUUCCAAAGCCAGCUGAGGAUUCUGGGAAUUUUCACCCAAGGGCAGCCAAUGACUGUCUCUACAUAAUAUCUGAUCACUAUGAUGCUAUUGGAUAUUUUUUUAUAUCGACCUUUGCCUGCUGAUUGGGCUCUGCCAUCUUGAAUCUGGGAAGUUUACGCCAAUAAAUAAGAUCCAUUUAUUUCAAAUAAAGUACAAUUAUUUAGUCA